GUGGAGGGGAGCGCAGGUAAACAAGUCAGACCGCAGCCAGCGGCCAGCAGUCGCCACCGCGCCGCGCAGCGCACACCAUGGCCGUCCGCGCCUUCACAGUCGUCGUGUUCCUGUGCGGAGUGCUAGCCGUGCCACCCCUUCUGGACCUGCCGCCUGCUGAGGACCCAAGCCUCUGGGACGACGACGACUACCUCCCCGUGUCUGCGGGAGAGCGAUUCGAUGCCUUCGACUGGGCACUUUGCCGGGCGCUGGAUGCACGCUACCCGGGAAAUGUGGUAGUUUCACCCAUCGGCGUCAAGAUGGUCCUAGCAAUGCUGUACGAGGGCGCCACGGGCGACACAGCGCGCGAACUCGAAGCGGGGUUGCUGCUCACAAAGGACCGCCAGCAGACGCGCGACAAGUACAGUGCCAUCGUGGCCUCGCUGCAGGGAAGCAACCCGGAUUAUCUGUUCGACUUGGGAAACAAAGUAUUUGCAGACGUCUCACUGACACUACGACCACGCUUUGUUACAAUCCUGAGGGCGUUUUAUAACAGUGAUAUUCAAAAUGUCGACUUCAGAGAUCCUAAAACUGUGCCCUUAAUUAAUGAAUGGGUAAAAAAUGCUACACGUGGUCACAUUGACUCAAUAAUGAAUGAAGAUGGUCUUUCGGACGCUGUCCUCCUGCUUGUGAACGCACUGUACUUCAAAGGCUCUUGGAAGUAUCAGUUUCAGCCUCAGCUUACCUUCACCAGCAAUUUCUACACAGGCAAAGGGAAAACUGUAGCCGCACAGUUCAUGCGUCAGAGUGCAGAGUUUUUCUACUUACACUCUAAAGAGAUUAAUGCAAGCAUAUUGCGAUUACCCUAUCUUGGCAGGAAAUUCUCAAUGUUCAUCGUCCUGCCGGACGACAGGGAUGGUCUCGAAAACCUUCUGAGCACUGUAAAUCCAUUUGCUCUGCGAGAAGAUCUCGGACUGCUCAGACCGACUGCAGUACACGUGGUGCUCCCAAAAUUUACUUUCGAAUUUUCUGUACUCCUGAACGAUGUUCUGAAGGAGCUGGGAAUAAAACAAAUUUUCACUGACAAAGCUAAUCUGCAGGGAAUUGCAAGGAGUCGUUAUGGAAAGCUGUCAGUCUCAAAGGUUUUACAGAAAUCAGCUCUAGAAGUAAACGAAAAAGGAACUACAGCAGCAGCUGCUACAGGUAUCGAGGUCAUUGAUCGAAUCGGAGUCAGAGAGGUGACAUUCAACGCUACACAUCCAUUUCUUUUCUUUAUUGAAGACGAGACGACUGGUACAGUAAUAUUCGUAGGAAAAGUUGUGGAACCAUCGACUGACAAAACGCCACAGAAAACCACGAUUUCUGUUCGACAAGGAGAAUUCAACGGUGACAAGAAGAAAGACGGUUCCAAAGGUGUUCAACAGUCUCACGUGUCUCAAACUGAAAAGGAAGGACCUUACCCUGUGGAAAUGCCAGAUUUUGACAUCACAUCUCAAACAAUCGAUAAAGGUGGACAGCAGAAAAAGCGGGUGUACUAUAUUUUAUCCCAAAGUGCGUUCCAUUACCUGAUUCAAUUUUUACCACAGAAGCUUCCGCAAUAGUGAACGAAGAAAGUUUCCCUUGAUGUCAAUACUUUUUACUCGCUAGUCUUUACCAAUGCGUCUACUAUACUCAUGUUCACAACAUAUGACUGAGAAGACGUGUGUGUGUGUGUGUGUGUGUGUGUGUGUAAGAACCAACCAACAGAUUUGCAAAUUAUUAAUACAGAAGUCACUGUCAAAAGAACAAUAUUUUAUUGGUAUGUAAUGUGGAACAACAUGCGAGUGUUUUUUUAUAAUGUUAAACUAUAUGUAAGAGCUGCAAAGCUAAAACAGAAAGAAAAAUGUUGGUUUUAUUUAUUUAUGUCUUGUUAAACUAAAAUUUAACUUUUAAUUAAAGAAAUUUGUAAUAAGCGUU